CAUGUAACAGAAUUUGCCUCAAAUUUUCUAAAAGCAAAAUAAGUGAGUUGUGAUUCCCGAAGACCAAAUCAUCAGCUUCAACAAAUUCAUCAUGGCGGACAAGAAACAUGCUGUUGACGAAAUGCCACUUCCAAAACGCAAUAUAUCCGAAAUAAAGAAUAAAUUUAGACGUGCCGAGGCAUACAGAGAACAGAAAAAGGAACAAAGAAAGGUAAAAAAGACCGAGAAGAAGCGCAAAUUGCAAGAAGCAAAAGCCCUGGGUGAAGAUGCUCCUCCAAAGAAGAUCCCCAAGACAUUGGAGAACAUGCGUGUUCACGAUGAGACCAUGGUUGAUCCCACUGAUGAAGAGGUGGCACUUGAUCAGAGUCAGGAUGAGAUGUCCGCCUACUUCAACAGAAAAACUACCCCAAAGGUGCUCAUUACCACAAGUGAUAGACCAAAAUCUAGAACCAACAAGUUCUGCAAGGAAUUAAAAAAGUCCAUCCCAAAUUCGGAGAUCUACUACCGGCGAGGUUUAGAUCUUAAAAAGAUCAUACCACAGGCAGUUGCCAAAGAUUACACAGAUCUGAUAGUUAUCAAUGAAGACAGAAAUCAACCAAAUGGCAUGGUGAUAUCACAUCUUCCUGAUGGACCCACUGCUCACUUUAAAAUGUCAAGUGUACAAUUAACGACUGACUUAAAAAAACCUGGCAAGAUGACUGGCCAUAUGCCAGAAGUGAUCCUGAAUAACUUCAACACUCGUCUUGGACAUUCUGUAGGCCGACUUCUAGCAUCUCUAUUCCCUCAUGAUCCCGAGUUUCAAGGAAGGCGAGUAGUCACUUUGCACAACCAGAGGGACUUCAUAUUCUUUAGGCAACACAGGUAUGAGUUUAGGAAUGCCAAAAAAGCUGGACUGCUUGAACUUGGUCCACGUUUCACGUUGAAAUUACGGUCAUUGCAGAAAGGCACUUUUGACUCAAAGUAUGGGGAAUAUGAAUGGGUCCAUAAGCGUCACGAGAUGGAAACAAGCAGAAGAAAGUUUUUCCUGUGACAGAAUUACGAGGAGUAUUUGCAUUUACGGAUAUAUUGCGUAUGUGAAUUAGAAACGUGAAAUAGAGAAUUAAAAUCGCUCAUCAGACAUCUAUGAUGGAAAUGUGCAUCUCAAUAGAGGAAAAGUUUGAUACAGUCACCAGUGGAGGAUUUUUCAAUGGUUUAAUCUGAUUGUCAAGCGGUUGUCAUCAUUUCAUCCUUUUACUGGUUUCUUUAGAAAUUUGAACUCCUUGCCAUCCAGUACUGUGAAAAAGGACUUCUGAUUCUACCAUGAACAAACUGUAUGCAGUGAUCUGUAUGUCCCUCUAAGGCUGUGUAUCAGUUGGAUGUUCCCUUGUGGACUGGUGGCGUUGUUCCCAUUAUCUCCAGUGCUUGUUCCCGGUGCAACCACUGGGAAUAUCGAAUAAGUCAAACUGAGGUAAAUCUUGGGUGUGGCGCACAGAAACAUCACCAGUAAACACGGAACAAGAAAAAUUGCACAGGCAAACAGUCUAUGGAAACACACCUGACUACAGUGAAAACUUGUCUCCUGUUCAGUUAUAAAGUCUUUCUCAUGGAACUGAACAACACUUCCCAACACUUAAGCAUCAGAAUAAAGUAACUUAUGUCCACAAGGGUGUACCCAUCUUGCAAUGUAUAAUUUGAGAGAGAUUGUAAAAACAAGUAUUUUAACUGA